GCUUUUCUUUCCUCUGCAGAACCACCCUCCUCACAUCCCCUCAAGCAUCCCGUUCCUCGGACAUGCCAUAGCGUUUGGAAAGAGCCCUAUUGAGUUUCUGGAAAAUGCCUAUGACAAGUAUGGACCUGUGUUCAGUUUCACUAUGGUUGGCAAGACAUUUACAUACCUGCUGGGCAGCGAUGCUGCUGCGCUGCUCUUCAACAGCAAAAAUGAAGACUUGAAUGCAGAAGAUGUGUACUCCCGGCUCACUACACCAGUCUUUGGAAAGGGGGUGGCUUAUGAUGUCCCUAACGUGGUAUUUUUGGAACAGAAGAAGAUGCUCAAAACUGGCCUAAACAUUGCUCAGUUUAAGCAGCAUGUAACUCUGAUUGAAGAGGAAACAAAGGAAUAUUUCAAAGCCUGGGGAGAGAGUGGAGAAAGAAACCUGUUCGAAGCCUUUUCAGAACUUAUCAUUUUGACAGCAAGUCACUGCUUGCAUGGGAAAGAAAUAAGAAGCUUAUUAAAUGAGAAGGUGGCUCAGCUGUAUGCUGACCUGGAUGGGGGCUUUACUCAUGCUGCGUGGCUUCUGCCAGCCUGGCUACCUCUGCCCAGCUUCAGGCGUCGAGAUCGAGCACACAGAGAAAUAAAAAACAUUUUCUACAAGGUUAUCCAGAAGCGUCGGAGUUCGGAGGAAAAGGAAGAUGACAUGCUCCAAACUCUACUUGAUGCUUCAUACAAAGAUGGCCGCCCACUGACAGAUGACGAGAUAGCAGGGAUGCUCAUUGGGCUGCUCCUAGCAGGGCAGCACACAUCCUCAACCACGAGUGCCUGGCUGGGCUUCUUCAUAGCCAGAGACAAAGCGAUACAGGAGCAGUGCUACGCAGAGCAGAAAGCUGUUUGUGGAGAUGAUUUGCCACCAUUAACUUAUGAACAGCUCAAGGAUCUCAGUUUGUUAGAUCGCUGCCUAAAAGAAACCUUAAGGCUUAGGCCUCCUAUAAUGACCAUGAUGAGACUGGCCAAAACUCCACAGACCGUCGCAGGAUACAACAUUCCCCCCGGCCAUCAGGUCUGCGUGUCCCCCACCGUUAACCAACGCCUGAAGGACUCCUGGAAGGACGCCCUGGACUUCAAACCUGACCGCUAUCUCCAGGACAACCCGGCAGCUGGGGAGAAGUUUGCCUACAUUCCGUUUGGCGCUGGCCGUCAUCGCUGUAUUGGAGAGAACUUCGCUUACGUUCAGAUCAAGACUAUCUGGUCCACUUUGCUUCGUUUGUACGAAUUUGAUCUCAUCAAUGACUACUUUCCAAGUAUAAAUUAUACAACCAUGAUACAUACACCUAAUAACCCAUUUAUCAGAUAUAAGAGGAGGUCACUGUAAGUUCUGGAGCUAAAACCUUGAAUUGUACAAAUUAACAGACUUUUGGUGAAGUAAUUGUGACAAAAUGAAUGGCAAAUGGAAACUGUUCCACGUACUGUGUAGAGACAGGCCUGCACCCUCUUAGCAUCUGUUUUGUUCAUUUCCCCACACUGUUUAGUGUUGCUGUGUGUAACUGCUUGUUCUACCAAUUUCUUGGUGCUUUUUUUGAAAGAAAAACUGUCUUCUAUGUGUGUAACACUUCUAAGGUGCAUGCCUCCCUCCCCCUCGGCCUUUAAAGUGAAGAAAUGUUUUUUAAAGCAAAGAUUCCAGUUAGUAGAACAAAAAAGAACAACAUUCGACAAUUGCCUUUCCCCAUAUGAGGAGGGGUAUGACUGUACCUUACCUCUGUGCCCAACGACAGUAACUCCAUCACGUACAAAGGACUGAGGGCAAUGCACAUGCCCCGUUUUGAAACAGAAUCACAGAUUGGAAAGGGAAUGAAGUGGCAUCCUGGUUGUUUUUUGGAAUUAUUAGAAAUUAAUUAUUACAAACUGUCACUGUAUGGCUGAGUAGGGGUGUCUGCAGAAGUGUUCAUAGGGAAGUUUUGUAACUCAACAAUUUAAAUGUUUAACUUGGAGCAUUUGUAAAAUACUUCGCUUCAGAAAGCUACAAAUAAUUUUCUAAAGUAAACUGUGAAAAGCAGCCAUCUCUGAAAGCUUGGUGUAAGCAUAGAAGUAACAACAGGAUGACAGCGCUAGUAAAUAACACGUUCACCUGGAAAAUAAUCCAUAAAUGAAGUGAAAUAUCUGAAUGCUGUUAUGCUUUGCAUUGACUCAUGCAGGAUUGUUGAAUAGUGUUUGGUUCACAAGUGGUGGUGAUACAUGGUCGUGAGCUCCAGCUCAUAGGAAUUUUGAUUAAAAUUUGUAAAGAAA